AUGUUCUGCGAGGACGAGGAAAAGUGUCCUUAUGGCCCUUGGAAGAUGGACUUUAUGCGGAGUAUCGCGGAUCAAACAGCUGACAAGACCGAAUUCACCUGCAAUGUUGGAAAUGAUGACUGCGACAUCCCCGGUACGGCAGAGAUGUGUACAAACGAAACAUAUGCGAGGCUCUGGUUUAUCCUGGAAUCCUGCAAGAACUUCCACGACCACCUCCAGAGCGUGCUCGAUGCUCUUCACUACGGCCGGACCCAUGUUGGCAACAAGCAGGCGAAGUGGGUAGUGACAUUCACCAAGGACAGGGAAGAUGUUAUGAGCGCAGACGCUACCGGGGCGGCGGCCUCAGUUAUCCUAGCCGGAUUCUUUGGCGUUCUAGCUGGUCUCCUCAGCCUGCUUGGCCCCAUAGGUCUAGUCACCGAUGCUGCCGUUCUCGGUGGCCUUGCUGGUGGUGCAGCAGGAGCCGGUAUAGCUGGUGGUGGCGCUACCAUCGCCACUGGUGCCUUGAAUGCUAUUGCGGCGAAUGCAGCCCAGUCCCUGCAGAAGGAGGUCGACAACAUGGCCAAUAUGUCCGACGCCCUUGAAAACGGCUUCGAAGCCGCCUGGAACGCCGUUCAGAAGAUGGGCGGCGAGGCCAUCAAUACAACCCCUGAGAACUAUGAUCCCUCGCUCGGCUACACUUACAAGGACGAGCCCUUGGGAGCCCCAGCCAUUCUCAACGAUGGAGGCUUCGCUGCCCCCAUUGACUGGAAGGACAUCCGCCACGACCACCUCCAAAUGCUCCAGAGCAUUACGGCCUCGGCCAUCUCGUAUCUAUGGAAGAAGAACGACAAGGUGCUAGUCGUCAAGGUGACUGGCAACAUGCAUGACGAGGCUCCGUGUGACAUUGAGCUCAGCGACGACCUGUACCGCCUGUGCGACGACGACGGCACGGCCUACUUCUACGCCUUGUGGGAGGACGUGGCCAACAACAACGAUGGCCAGGAUAAAGACUGGGACAAGCCGUACGGCAUUGAGCACGCGGAGGACGAAAACCUUGAUCUUUUGGCCAUGGCCGAAGCCGCCGUCUACACAUCGCAGCAGUUUGGGACCGGCCACGGAUGGGACCCCGAGAGCGCCGCAGAGGCCUUCGUGUCCGAUAAGAAGCCUCCCAACCUGAUGAUGGUUGAUCUUCCGGCGUGCGAGGUGAAGGAUGAUUAUUUCCACCCCCUUGACAGGAAAUGCGAGGGCGCCUGCAUUCUCAAAUUAAACAUCAUCCAGUAUUGUACCGGCCUUUCCAUGACAGACACCGAUUUCCCUUACGAUGUUUGA